AUGACAAUACCUACAGGCUCUAUACCUGUACAAUAUCCACUUAGAGAUAUACCGAUCCCAUAUAUCUAUUCUAGUACCACUAACAGUGCUUCUGAAUGUAAUAGGACUUUAUCAUCAACUGAUUUAAAACGGGAGAAUGAAAAUAAUAAUUCAAUAUUAAAACGAAAAAGAAGUUUGGAAACUUUAAAUGGACAAGUAUCAUCAUCUGAGGUUAAAAGAAUAAAAAUUAAUGAGGAUAAUAAUAAUGUAGAGACUUCCGUUAAAGAAAAUAGUUCUGAUAUUGAUAAUAAUAUUAAUAGUGACGAAUUAUUAUUACCGGAAAAUGCUACUACAACACUUCCAUCUACUGAAACAAUAGAACUUUCAAAUUUACCAACAAAUAAUAAUAAUAAUAAUAAUAAUAAUAAUACAGAUUGUGUCUUAACAAUAGAUGAUAUCAAAGAUGGUAUAUUAGAGGAAGCUUUACCAAUAUCGCCUGUAGCAUCUGCAAGUGGUGAUAGAUUAUCUCAUGAUGAUGAUAAUAAUGGUAAUAGUAAUAAUAAUACUAAUACUAAUGAUGAUGAUAUAUUAACAUCUAAUGAACAAAACCCAAGAAAACAACUUCAUGAUUUAAUGAUGACAUCAUUUGGUUCAAAUACAACAGAUUUACAAUGUAUGGCAUUUAAAUUUAUUUCACAAUUAAAUAGAGCUCAACUUACAGAUAUCAAUUCAUUAAUUAGAGAUAAUUUAAAGAGAGACAUGAUAAGCACUCUACCUGUAGAAAUUGCAUUAAAAAUUUUAAUUAAAUUGAAUUUUCGUGAUAUUAUAUCAUGUUUAGCUGUUUCACCACGUUGGAAUCAUAUUAUUGAAAAUACACCAUUUAUUUGGAAACAUUUAUUAAUUUCAGAAAGUUUUAUUUCAAUUGAAAAUUUUACAAAUUAUGUAAAAGAAUUAAAGAUAAAUUAUCCAAAUUUAUCAAAUUUUGAAGACGCUUAUAAACCUGAUUUUUUAAAAAGAUCUCAUACUUUACAAAAUUGGUAUGAUUCAAAAUUCAUACCUCAAAGAACUACUUUAAAGGGUCAUAUGACUAGCGUUGUUACAUGUCUUCAAUUUGCUGAUGAUUAUGUAAUUACUGGUGCAGAUGACAAAAUGAUUCGUGUAUAUAGUGCAAAACAGAAAAAAUUUCUAUUAGAAUUAGCAGGUCAUGAAGGUGGUGUAUGGGCAUUAAAAUAUGAUAUGGACGGAAUCCUUGUUAGUGGAUCUACUGAUCGUAGUGUACGUAUUUGGGAUAUUAAACGUGGUUGUUGCUUAUAUGUGUUUAAGGGACAUACAUCAACUGUAAGAUGUUUAGAUAUCGUUGAAUAUAAAAAUAGCAAAUAUAUUGUUACUGGUUCUCGUGAUAAUACUUUACAUGUAUGGAAAUUAUGCAGGAGUGUUUACAAUAGAGAUAGUGAAGAUUCACGUAAUGAUAAUAAUGAAUCAAAUGGUGCAACAACGAGAACAACAUCAAGUACAUGGCCUAUUGUAUAUGAUACUCCCGAUGUUAAUCCAUAUUUUAUUGGUGUUCUAAAGGGACAUGUUGCAUCGGUACGUACAGUGUCAGGUCAUGGAAAUAUUGUUAUUAGUGGAUCCUAUGAUAAUACAUUGAUGGUAUGGGAUAUCGCACAAAUGAAAUGUUUAUAUAUUCUAUCGGGUCAUACAGAUAGGAUUUAUUCUACAAUAUAUGAUCAUAAACGACAACGAUGUAUCUCUGCAAGUAUGGAUUCUACAGUAAGAGUAUGGGAUUUAAAGGAUUUAUGGCGAAAUGGAAUUAGACAAACGGUGACUUGUGCAGGAACUACAUGUACUAGAGUAACAGAAUCUUAUAAAGUAUUAUCAGGACAUACUGCAUUGGUAGGGUUACUAAAAUUAAGUGAUAAAUAUUUAAUUAGUGCAGCUGCAGAUGGUACUUUAAAAGGUUGGGAUGCUGAAGAUUAUUCAUUGAAAUUUUCUUAUUUACAUAGUAAUUUAAGUGCAAUAACAACAUUCCAUAUGACAGAUAAUAUCCUAGUAAGUGGUUCAGAGAGACAAUUCAAUAUUUAUAAUUUAAGAACUGGUAAUUUAGUUCACUCCAAUUUACUUCGAGAUGCAGAACAAAUUUGGUCUGUAAAUUUUAAGGAUAAUUUGUUAGUCGCUGCUGUAGAGAGGAAUGGUCAAAGUUCUAUCGAGAUGCUUGACUUUGCAUAA